AUGGCAGCUGUUGUCAAACUUCAACCGACCGAUGUCAUCAUGAUCAUCACUGAACAUCAUAGCCCUGACGUCCUUUAUGAGACAGGAAUGUCGUUAUCCACAAAGGCAGACCAAGGAGUCUCGUUAACGACGGCCAACAGCGUGACGGAGUCACGCCAAAUGGAGAGUAAAAUUAAGUUGCAAAUACGCUCCUGCCUGUCGAGUCUGCAAACGCGACGCUUCCGGGAGAUUUACCGGGUGGGAGGACGCCGACAUCACGCGAUUUGCAUCCGUGACGGCUGGCUGGAGUUCUACCUGACAUGUGCAGAAGAGGCGCAGCGUAGAAUAAUCACCAAUAAUUCAGAUAAUUCAUUGAGGUACGCAAAACCACGAGGAAUGGCUGGACGGGAGGACAAAUUGUUGCAAAGAGAAGGCGUGGCGAAGGUGAGUGAGAGAAAAGCAAAGCAACAAGUGGAAGUUAUGACAGUACAUGACCACAAGGAGAAUAAGAGGGUGAAGGAGAAAGGGAGUGAUUGCAAUGUGGAGAAAAAGUCAGCCAGGGAAGAAGAGGUGAAAAUCAGUCACCAGGAGGAGGAGAAUGAAUCUGAGAGAGAGAAUGAUAUGGGCCAAGAAGAGGAGGAGAAAAGGCAUGCUCAUGAAGAAGAGAAAAUAGCUCAACAGGAGAAGAAAGUGAGUGACCUUGAAAAAGAGGUGAAAGGGAAUGACCAAGAGAAGGAUAUUAGAAGUUACAAUGAUGACAUGGAGAAAAGAAAUGAGAAGGAGACUGACCUGGUGAAAGAGGAGAAAGAAAGCGCCUAUAAUGAGAAGGAGAAAAGCAACCAGGAGGAGAGCACUGACCAGGAAAAGAUAAAAAUUAGCAAGUAUGGCGAAAAGGAACAAAAUGACCGAGAUGAAGGUGACUGCGGUACAGAGGCAAAAAAGUGGGCUCAGGAAGCCGGGAAGACGGAAAUUGACCGAAUGAAGGUGGAGGAGAAAAAUGAAGAGGAGAAACAUAAUGACGAGGAAGAAAAUGGGGGAAAGAAUGAACUACAAAAGAACGAACUGUCAGAUCAUAAAGAGGGAAAAAAGUGUGACCUGGAGCUGAAGGCCUGCAAUCAUACAGACCAGCAGAAGGUGACUAACCAGAAGGAGACAAGGAAUGAAGAAGAGAAGAUUGACCAGGUGAAGCAGGAGAAAGUGUGUGAUAAGGAGAAGAAAAUAACUGACCACAAGGAAGUCAAGAAAGCAAGUCAUAAUGAUGGUGAGGAGAAAAAGAGCAGCAUGGGGGAGGAGAAAUUGAGCGAAUUUGAAGAGGAGAAAAAGAGUCACAAGAAGGAGUUGGAUGAUAAAAUAGAGAAAGAUCAUGAUGAGGAAAAGAUUCAUGAGGAGAAUGAGAAAAGGAAUGGCCAAGGCCGUGAAGAUGAAUGUAUGAAAGAGAAACAAAGUGCUUAUAUGGAGAAAGAUGAGAGUAAACAGGAAGAGAAGAAAAAGGAUAAGAGGCGUGUUCACAAAGAGGACAAGAAAUGGACAGACCAAGAGCAGUUGGAGUGGCUGAAGGAGAAAAGGACAGAAAUCUAUGAAGAGGAGACAAAAUCUAAAGUGGAGAAGACAGACUGUGAUCAUUUCAAGGCGGGUAAGAACGAAGUGAAAGAGGGAGAUCACAAAGUGUGUCACGCUGAGGCACAAAUUGACUAUGUGAUGCCAGAGAAAGGGCCUGAGCGUAUUGAGAAGGAGGAGAAGCAGGAGAAGAGGAAAAGUAGUCAUCAAUACAAGAAGAUGAACCAUCAGGAGAAGAAGGGGAUUAAGUUGGCAAAGGAAGGAAAAGGGGAAGACAAAGGCUCAGGGGGAGGGUUAACCCUAACCCUAACCCUGACUCUAACUCUGACGCUAACCCAGGAAGAGGAAGUGAAGGAGAAGACCUGCAACUUCAAGGAGAAGGAGAGUAGUGAGAAAGAAACAAAGUGCCGACAGGAAUUGCCAGAGAGGAUGAAGAAGGAAAAGGGGAGCGAUCAUGAAGAGGAGGAGACUAGAAGCAAACGGAAAUACAAAAGGAAUAACCUCAAGGAGCAGAGUAACUGGGAGAAAGAGAAGUAUGGAAGUGAUUACAGUGAGAAGGAGAAAUGGAUUAACCAGGAAAAGGAGUGGAAGACAAAAGAGAGUGAUAGUUGUAAAGAAGAGAAAAGGAGCAAUCCUGAAAUGGAUGAGAAAAUGAUUGAGCAGAAGGAGGAGCAAAAGGAGAAGGAUAGUCAAGAAGACAAAGAGAACAACCAGGAAAAGAAGCAAAUAAAGUCUGACAGCGAGGAGAAAGGAGAUGAACCGGAGAAGCAGGAGGAGAAAGAGGGUGAAGAGAAGAAGGAGGGAAGGAGUGAAAAUGAUGAGGAGAAAAAGGCUGACGAGGAGAAAGUGAGUGACAGUGAGAGAGGGAAGGAGGAGAGUAAUCAUGAGGAGAAAGAUAUGAACACACAACGGCAAAAGAGAAGUGAUAAUGAGGAGAAGAAAGAUGUUGACCAGGAGAAGUAUAGCACUAUUGAUCAUGAGGAGGAGGAGAAAAGAAACCUUGUCGAGGAGGAGGAAGAAGACAAAAUCAAAGAUCACGACAAGAAGGGUGAGAAGCAGCACGAAACAAGGAAUAAUGAGAAGGAGGAGGAGAAAAAGUAUGACCUAGGGGAGAAGAACAAUCAGAGAAAUGAUGAGGAAAGAUAUGAUCAUGAAGAAGAGGAGGAAAAGCCUAACAAAGAAAACAUGGAUGAUGGAGAAAAGGACAAAGUCAAAGGUCAAGAUGAAAAGCAUGACCAGAAGGAGGAAAAGGAGGAGGAAACCAGUAGUAAUGAGAAAAAAUAUUAUCUAGAGGAGAUGAAUGAACAGAGUAAUGAGGACGAAAGACAUGAUCAUGAAGAGGAAAAUCCUGACAAGGAGAACACAAAUGAUGGUGAAGAAGAGGAGAAAACCGGCAACCAGCAGGAGGAGGAAGAGGACAAAAUCAAUGAUCAUGACAAGAAGUGUAAACAGGCACAGGAGGAGGAAACCAGGAUUAAUGAGAAGGAGGAGAAAAAGUAUGAGAUGACCAACCAGAGAAAUGAUGAGGAAAGGGAUGAUAAUGAAAUAGGGGAGGAAACGUCUGGCAAGGAGAAGGAUGAGGAGGACUAUGAAGAGGAGAAAAACAGCAACAAGGAGGAGGGGGUAAAGGACAAAAUCAAUGAUUACGAUGAGAAGAGUGACCAGGAGGAGGAGAUGGACAUCAAGAGUAACGAGGAGGAGGCCAAAAAGUAUGACCAAGAGGAGAUGAACGAAAAGAGAAAUGAUGAGGAAAUGAGUAAUCAUGAAGGGGAGGAAAAAGCUGACAAGGAGAAAGAGAACAUGGAUGAUGAUGAUUAUGAAGAGAAGCAGAAAAACAUCAUCCAGGAGGAUGUGGAAGAGGGUAAAAUCAAAGAUCGCGAUGAAAAGGGUGACCAGGAAGAGCAGAAGAUCAAGCACGUCAAGGAGGAGGAAAAGGGGGGUGGUAAUGAAGAUGAGAUGAAUGGCAAGAAGGAUAGUGAGACUGCCAUGAUGAAACAGGAUAAAGAAAGUGAUCACGUUGACGAGGGGAAGACUGCUCAGCAAGAGGAGAAAAUAAGUUGCGAUGAGGAGGAGGAAAAACAGAAUAAGCAUGAGGAAACCACUGAUUGGGUGGACGAGGAGACAGAAACUGAUCGUGUUCAGGAGGCAGACAUGGCUACUAAGGAGGGGGGGAAUGAGAAGAGAGUAAGUAGUUGCAAAGAAGACUCGGGAAAUAAAAGGAACAAUGAGGAGGAAAAACAGAAUGACCAAAAAGAGGACACUGAUUGGAUAGAAGAAGAGAAAAAUAGUAAUUAUAAUAAGGAGAACAAGAGCAACCAGGAGGAGAAAGAAAAUGAUGAAAACAAGAACAAGAAGGAGGAAGAAAAACUGUGUUAUGAGGACAAGUGCGAAAAGGAGGAAGGUAAGGGAAAAAUUGGCUACCAUGACGAGAUGAAAAACCAAAAAGAAAAGAACAUGGCUGUCCAGGAGAAGGGACGAGAGGAGAAAGUGAACAAUUAUGAAAAUGACGAAAACAACAGGAGGUUUAAUGAGGGAGAGGAACAAAAUGACCAAAAAGAGGAUGUUAAUUUGAUGGAGCAGAAGAAUAACUUUGAGGAGGAGAAAAAGAGCAUCCAGGAAGAGGAGGCGGAAGAAAGUAAUGAAGAUCUCAUGAUAAACAUCCAGGUGGAGGAGGGGAAAAUGUCAUGUGAGAAGGAGUGUGACCAUAAAAAGGAGGAGGAAAAAAUGGACUACAAUAACGAGGAGGAAAACGUUGACCAAAAAGAAGAGGAGGAGCACAUGGCUAACCAGGAUGAGGGGCAGGAAAGGGAAGUGAACAAUUAUGUAGGAGAGGAUGGAAAGAACAAGGUGAUCAAAGAAAAGGAGGAAGAUGAGGGAACAAAUGGCCACCAUGAUGAGAAGAAAAAACAUAAACGAGAGAACAUGUCUGACGAGGAGGAAAGAAGAGAGGAGAAAGUGAACAAUUAUGAAAAUGAAGAGAUGAACAGGGGGUUCAAUGAGGGAAGGAAACAAAAUGACCUGAAAGAGGAUGUUAAUUUGAUAGAGGAGAAUAACUAUGAAGACGAGAAUACAAGCAGACAGAAGAAGGUUGAGGAAAAAAGUAAUAAAGAUGUCAAGAUAAACAUCCAGGAGAAGGAGGCAAUAAUGUAUUGUGAGAAUGAGUGUGACCAAGAUGAGGAGGAGGAAAAACCUGACCUGGAAAAGGAAAGGAAAAUGGGCUACAAUGAGAAGAAUGCCCAAGAAGAAGAGGAGAACAAGGAGAAAGGGCAGGAAGAGUAUGUGAGUGCUUUUGAAGAGGAGGAAAAGAACCGAAGCUGCAUUGAGGAGGAAGUCCAGAAUGCCCAAAAAGAGGAUGUUGAGUUGAUGAAGGUGGACAACCGAAAUAAUCAUGAAGAGAAUAAUAGCAGUCAGGAGAACAAGGAGAAAGAAAGUGAUGAAUCCAAGAUCAACAACCAGGUGAAGGAGGAAAAAAUGCAUGAUAACCAGGACCAUGACAAAAAAACUGACCAGGAGAAGAAGGAAAUAAUGUGUUACAGUGAAGAGAUUGAGAAAAAGAACGACCAAGAAGAAGAGGAAAAUGUAAAAGCGCAUGGGAAAGAGGUGGAAAAAGAGUGUUUCAAGGGGAAAGUAACGGGCUACCAGAUGGAAAAACAGCAUGAACAAGAUGUGGAGAGACACUCGGACUCCAAUGAGAAGGACCAGGAUCAAAAGGAAAAAAAGAGUGAUGCCGUGGAGAGUAGCAUGCAGGAGAAGGAUGAGCAAGACAGUGACCAAAACAAGGAGAGUAACCAGGAAGGGGGUAACGAAGAUGAGGAGUCCAAACAGGAGAAGGACGAUGGGGGCAACGCUGAUGAUGAGCAGAAUCAAGAAAGAGACAACGAGGAGGAGAAGGACCAGGAUAGCGAAAGGUCAGAGGACGAGGAAGAUGGUGAACAUGAAGGAGAGACCGAUUAUGAAGAGGAAGAUGAUGACGAGUGUGACAGUGAAGAUGAAAGUGACGGUGACAGCGAAGAGGAAGACAGUAUCCGCGAGGAGGCAGACAGUGUCUGCGAGGAGGAAGACAGUGUCCGCGAGGAGGAAGACAGUGUCCCCGAGGAGGAAGACAGCGUCCGCGAGGAGGAAAAUAAAGAAAAUGAGAGAGCCAACCAGCCGCAAGAAGAGGUUGAGGAGGCCAUGGAAGUCGAAGAUGGUUAUGUUGAGCAUGAGGAAGGGGAGAGCAACACCAAGGCAAUGGGAGACUGCGACAACGAGGACGAUUUCAACGAGGUGCCGGAGGGACGGUGGAACGAAGCGGUGAGGAGGCUAUGGGUGGAAAGGUGGAAUAGGACGAGGAGAGAACACGGGAGGCGCUGGGUGGUCAUGAGAGGCAGGAGGUACAGAGCAAUGAGGAGGCGCUGGAUGACCACCAAGAGGAGGACCAAAGCCAAGAGGAGUCUGAUUGCCAUAAGGAGGAGAGCCAGCAGAGGGGCACAGAGCCCAAACACCAGUCAGGCAGCGGGUGGAGUGGUGUCGCAAAAUGAAGAAUUGCUAUGA